AUGUUGCUCCCAUAUUCGACGGCUGUUCAGGCGGCAUUGGCCUUGCUGAUGGCCGAUAUUGUCUUUGGGGAUUCGUUGACGAUAAUCGAUCCUUGCCCAGGCGCCGACCAGCUCUCUCUGACACCAAUCACUGUCACCUCUCAGUAUCAACCUAUCUCAACAUGUCAACCCACAACUGCCUGUAUCAAGGGGAAGUGCUCCACCAGUUACCCUUUCACUACCUAUCCUUGGGUCUCUACAGUGGUCCCAUAUGCUUGGAAUGGAACGACUUCCCAGAAAACUACAGUGACCGCUACUGAACAGCCAUUGAGAGUUUCUGAAUAUCUCGAAACCAUCACCAAGGUCACAGCCGCUCCUACCGCUGACAAGCGUAGCUGGGUUGAUUGGGCGCACAGCAAGCAUGAAGAGGAGGAGAUUACCGUUUACGAAACCGUAACUCGACGUGCUAUGGUACCGUACAAAGAAGCUGGUCCAUUGUGUGUCCCAGGAUGGGAAGGCAGUGGUCUUUGCGAAAAAUGCGAGAAACAAUCGGAUGGCAGCCGUUCCCAGCUUCUGGAUGUUGUUGAGUGUCGUUCCGGUGUCAGUGGUUCUGGCAAGCAUUGGAAAAAGUGUUCUGAAUGGUAUGAAACCGUUAUUGAACGACCGGCACCAACAUCAACCGUCACUGCCAGCGCUCUAUGCUCGAGCAAUGGCAAGAUCACCGCCGCCGGUACAUACACCUGGACCUUUCCUCAAGUUGCUCCACCAGUCACGAUCACCGCUCCUGCUAGGACCGUCACUGUUACCGUCCAUGGUCUAGAGACUGUCGAGGUCCAGCCAGAGAUGGUCUACACUAUUCCAGGCAAGUCAUGGGAUGCUUGCGUCACAAGAUCAUAUUCUGGUCCUACCACUUUCAGUUUCAACAUUGAAAUCACAAAAGUGAUCAUCUUCAACAUCCCUCAUGCGACCCAUCCUGCGAAAAGUUCCCACGUUCUUGCCAUCCCUACUGGAUCUCCUGACCAGUCGGGCAGCGAUUGGUGGCCCUUGCCAGAUAAUGACAACAAUGGCAAUGCCUAUUACGGAGGUGGCAAUGGCUGGAUGGAUUGGAGUCCUGCCGCUGGAGCAGCUUCAGCUGGUGCAGACACCGGCCCGGUUGGGUUUACAACGUCGGCUUCCACCAACAGCGAUGGCGUCGGUGCCAUCAUGCAGACUACCAGCGGCUCGAGCACAUUCCUUGGUACUGGAGACACUGGCCCUAUCGGCUUUCCUGCAUCCGCCACAAGCAGCUCGUCUACAUCAAUGGGCAUGCAGGUUGGUAACAUCGGUGGUUCUUUAUCCAGCACCUCCUAUUCUACCGGUUUCACUGCGUCAUCCUCAUCCACACCAGGGGGUGGGGACACUGGCCCUAUCGGUGCUUCUAUCUCUCUUGGCGCGUCUAUCUCUCUCGGCGCUUCUAUCUCUCUCGGUCUUUCUCUCUCUGGCUCACCCACGUCUGGUGGAGGUCUUGGACCUAUUGGUGGAAGUAUGACGACCGGCUUUUCCACGACUGGCACUGCCGGCCUUGGUCCUAUCGGUGGCUCUCUGACUUCCAGCUCUUCAUCAACUGGCGGUGACGCUGUCGGUCCUAUUGGUGGGAGUCUGACGACGAGCUUUUCCUCUACUGGCACUGGCGUGGUUGGUCCAAUUGGUGGAAGUAUCACAUCCGGGGGCGGUUUUCCUGGCGAUAAUGGGAAUUUUGGUGGGAGUCGGUCGUCGGGAUUUUCGACAACUGGCACUGGCGUUGUCGGUCCUAUCGGUGGGAGUCUGACGACGAGCUUUUCCUCAACUGGCACUGGCGAGGCCGAUGGAGGUGGAAGUAUCGCAGGCUUUCCGACAGGUGGCACUGACAGUGUCGGUCCUAUCGGUGGAAGUCUCACAUCCGGCAUUUCGACAACUGGCAGUGGCAUUGUCAUUUCUAUUGGUGGAAGUGUCUCUUCUGGCUUUUCGACAACUGGCAGUGACGUUGUCGGUCCUAUCGGUGGAAGUCUCACAUCCGGCUUUUCGACAACCGGCACUGGAAUUGUCAUCUCUAUCGGUGGAAGUCCAACACCUGGCUUUUCGACAACCGGCACUGGCAUCGUUGGACCCAUCGGUGGUGGUUCCAGUACGACAUCCUUUUCCGGUCUUGGUCCGAUCGGUGGAUCUGCUACGAGCACAUCAUCUGGCCCGGCCACCACCACGCCCUCAACUGGUCCUAUCUGCAAUCUGAAUGCCAACAUUUGCCUUGACUCUCAGCUCAUCACAGCGAAUGUCGUCUCCACAGUGACUUGCCCUCUUCUUGGCGGUCUCCUUUGCACCGUCAAUGACUUGUUGACUCUGGUCCCCACAUUGCUCGGUGGCAGCCCAAAUGUCUUGUCCGUUUUGGUUGGAAAUAAUGAGCUCCUCGGAUUGUCCAUUACUCCCGAACAAGUCGCUGCUGCUGUCAAUGCUGGAGAGCUAAAUGGAGUCUGUGGUCUGCUGGGUCCGGUUAGUGUGAUUGUCAACGAUCCUACGUGCCCAAUCAACCCAAGUACGUCGACUACCUCGAGGACAAGUGUGGCCAGCUCGUUCUUCACCUCCACUUUGACUUCAAACACGCCGGGAACGACUACAGCAUCAACCAGAUCCUCCUUGACUUCAUCCACCCCAGGCACAACUUUUAUUUUGACACCCACAACACUGGGAACUACUGUGAGAUCGACCACAUCAUCUGCUCCUGCAACAACGACAACAUCUUUGGCACCUAUCUGCAACCUCAACGCCAAUAUCUGUCUAAAUUCUCAACUGAUCACUGCAAAUGUUGUUGCCACCCAGACAUGUCCUCUAGCCGGUGGCCUUCUUUGCAGUGUCAACGACCUGUUGAACCUUGUGCCUGCUCUCUUGGGAUCAAAUCCUAACGUACUGUCGGUCUUGGUCGAAGACAACCAGAUUGUGGGCUUGAGUAUCACUCCAGAACAGGUGCAAGCUGCAAUCAACGCUGGACAGUUGAACGGUGUCUGUUCAGUUCUUCAAGAAACAACGGUCACGCUUUAUGAUCCCACAUGUCCCAACAACCCUGUCACCACUUCUUCAACCACGUCGGUCUUGGCUACCACUACCAUAAGCGCUGUCACUACCACCACAGCCGCUGCUCUCCAAUGCGGUACUGCCGUUACCCUCUGUGCCGGUCAAACCCUUGCAGAUGUUGGCCUCUCCCAGGUCACUUGUGGCGUUUCUGGAGUUCUUUGCGACCUGACUCAAGUUCUACAAUCGGUUACGAAUGCAUGUGCGGGUAACUGUGCCGUUAUCGGUCGAACUGGUACUCUUGGUGUUGACCUUGAAGGUUUGGUCGGUGUGACUGACAUUCAGGCCAUUCAGGCCGCUGUUGGUGCCAUUCCUAACUGCCAGCCGGGAGGACCAACAUUGACCCUCAGCGAACCUGGAUGUAACGGCAGCUUGUUCAGGCGUUCUCCCAAGUCAAGGCCCCGACGUUACUGA